UGAUUUACGGGUGAGAACCGGCGAUCGCUGGUGACUAGUACGCAGCGAGCUGCAGGUGGCGAGCCAGGGCUUUACAUAGUUCUGGGAUAGCUCUAGAGCAACGAAGGCUUACUACGUCCACCCUACAACUGUCAUGCAAGGUGCCUUGCACGCUUGCUACGCUCCCGCGCUUGUUCCACCUCGCUGGCAGCGGCGGCGCGGUCAUUCCUGUCAUUCGCUGCAGCCUGGAGAAACUGAACUUUCGCCGUCAUCGGCCGGUUGCGUUUUCCCUGUUGUAGUCAGUAUGAAUCAAGACCAGCGAAAGAAUGAAUGUACCGUACGACGUGGUUGUGGGGCUUCUACAUCGCUGUCGUCGUCUUGCCCAUGGCGUGACGCGAUGUUCCGUGUGGUCCGUGGUCCGUGGUCCUUGAUGUGUCUGCACGUCGUUGUCGUCGUCGAUCUCCUGCUGCUCAGCCUCUGCCUCAGCCGAACGCUUGUUGUGCCUCAAUUGCUGUUGUCAGUAGGGAACGUUGCGUAGAUUGUUGGACGUCAUCACGUACGGCGAGUUCUUGGCACCAUGCUGAAAAAUGGCCAUGGAGAUCCAAUUCGCUUGUGCCCUGGCAAGCGACGUGAAGUUGCGUUCAAGAUGACGGACUGCCUUCCUUAGCUCGGCGACGCUUU